GACAAACCCUCACUUCUCCCAGUGGGGAGGCAUCAAAACAAUCCUUGUCGGAAGCCGAAUAUAGAUUGAACGAACUCACCUAAUCGUGGGCACUUUGCUUUAUUCCCGCUCCUACAUAAUUGUUUGCCAAAGGAUCGUACUCGCUCUCGCUUUUCUGUCCAAAGGAAAGCAACGAGAAAGAUUCUCUCUUGUCGAUUGUUUUGCUUCGAUGCCGUACGUGCGCUCCGUGGUGAAUGCCCCAAAAACUGCAUUGACCAUUUCAACUGUCACAUCUGGUACCCCGAAGACUAACACCGAUCUCGGCGGAUACAGACUGAAUAUUAGAUUUGAAUCUGGUGGGCUUGGGUCCGACCACUCGUCCUUUUCCGACGCCGAAGAUUCAACCGGUACUGGGGUCCGCGUAUCUUCUCCAACCUCGACUGCCAGUCACGAUUACCCCGACUCCGAAGGGUGGGAGGAUCUCUACCCGUCGGACUCUGCUUCGCGCUCUCGUAUUCCCGUGGAGCGCCAAGUCGUCGAGGCUCCUCGUCCGGCCCCCGCCGUCCACCACGUCAAACGACCGUCUCCCCCCAAACGCGAAAGCCAGCAUCACGAACAUACUCUCCGAGGUCAUCGGCAUUCGAGGCCGACUGAACCAGAAAUUGUGGAAUCCCCUGAAGACUUUCCGGGCUAUGCCCGAGGAGCUCAGCCUCCGCCACCCAAUUGGGGUCAUCCGCAUCCGCCUCCAGGAUUCGCACCUGGCCCCGCCGCCAGUCCCUUUGCGCCUAACGGAACGAAUCAAUUAAUCCCAUUCUCCCAGCCUGGUGCCUUUGGAUACCCCAAUCCCUUUGCACCCACACCCGGCCCAGGAUCUCCUGGAUAUUUCCCUCCGGCGUCAAACCAGCCUGCACCACCACCACCAAUGGCCAAUCCUCUAUCACCCCGGGGAGCUGCCCACUAUGGCGGUUCUCCUUCGCCCUAUGGGGGCCAAGAAUUGAUGCAGUACUCGCCUUUCUUCUCGUACGGCUCUCCGCCGCCAGGUUAUCCCAUGCAACAUGGAGUUCCACCCAUGUAUUACCCCUAUCAAAUGAUUCCACACCCCUCUCACUCUCACUCACCGGCAAAAGAUGGAUCACCCGCUCCGCCAGAUCCAAAAGAUGACGAGAAGUACUCCCGGCUUGAGAAGCUGAUUAUUGAUCAGCAGACAGCUGUGGCUGCACGUGAAGAACUGAGGUUAAAGGCAGAAAAGGAAAAAGAGGAGCGCAAAAUUGCGGAUAGGAAGGAAAGAGAGGCUCGUGAGGCGGCAGAGAAGGAGAGAAAAGAGCAGCGAGAAAUUGCCGAACAAGAACGGAGGGAGGCGCGUGAAGCUGCUGAAAGAAAGGAAGCUCGUGAAGCGGCGGACAGGGCGGCCGCCCAGAAGAAGGAAAUUGAGGAGGCGAUUGCCAAGGCAGAGAGAGACAAGAAGCUGAUUGAAGAAGCCGUCGCCAAGGCAACGGCCGAAGCGACUGCGGCAGCUCAAAAGAAGGUUUUGGACCAAGCGGCCGCAGAUAAAGCGGCUGCCGACGCGGUUGCCGCUGCAAAGGCUGCUCAGGCAAAGCUUGAAGCAGAUCAUGCUGCUGCAGUACAGGCCGCCAUGGAAAAAGCCACCGCGGAAGGUGCUGCUCUCCUCAAAGCUGCGGAAGAAAAGGCCAAGGCAGACCAGGAAGCAGCGGUAAAGGCUGCCGCCGAAAAGGCUGCUGCUGAUGCUAAAAAGGCUGCCGAGGACGCCGCUGCUGCCGCCGCACCACCCCCGGACAUGCAGAAAAAGCCGAUACGAUUCAAAGACGCAGUUGGACGGAAGUUCAGUUUCCCUUUUCAUCUUUGCAAGACCUGGCAGGGAAUGGAAGAGCUCAUCAAGCAAGCGUUUCUUCACGUCGAAUUUCUUGGUCCGCAUGUAGCAGAAGGUCAUUAUGACCUGGUUGGCCCGAACGGCGAAAUCAUUCUUCCCCCAAUCUGGGAAACGGUGAUUGAACCGGACUGGGCUAUUACCAUGCAUAUGUGGCCUAUGCCAGAGCCUCCUGCGCCUGCCCCCGCUCCAGAGGUUGCUGCAGCUCCGCCGCCACCGCCCGCCGCCCCGGCACGUGGAACAAAGGGCGCAAAAGGCGGUACGAAGAAGACUACCCCAGCGCCGCACCCUGAGGUGGUCAUUGUCCCCGAUAGUGGUGGGGCUGGACCGGAGGUCGUUGUUGUGGACUCAGCUGACGCGGCCGGUGCGCCUCCCGUGAGAAAAGCACAUACCACAAAAGUGUCGCCGCUCUUAAUGUGGGCUGCCGGUCGAUCUGCCAAGUCGGGAAAAGGUAGCAAAAAACCUGAACCAAUUGGAGCUCAGCACGACGUCUUCUGUCGUGUCAUGUGAACGGUGAUGAGGUUGAAGUGAGAGAGAGAAAAUGAUAAGACGACCAAGCGUUGGUAGGUGCAUAUUUGAGAUCGAAGGUCUGCCAGAGCCGAAACGGGUUCUGAGGGAAGAGAAUUGUGGAAAAGUUAUGGCAAAUUUCUUUGCUCGUUGGGAUACAGGCGAGCUGAGAUGAUAUGGCCCGCAUAGCAUCCGCUCAGUCUGUUUCGAAUCUUUUUCAACAUCCGUCACUCUCAUG